AUGGGCCUCAAGAACGUAGCUUUGUGUCAGCUCUCAGUGCCGUUACCAGACAUACAAAUAGAGUCUAGAACACAUGAAGAAAGCAUUUUAAAGCCCAGGGAAUUGCCAACAGUGAAUAAAUGGUCGGUUUUCGAGCUCAAUGGGUGGAACACACCGAAAGCAUUUGAGCAACCGCAUUUUGCAUCAAUGGCCAUUGAACUAAUAAAAAAGCUGCACGAUUCAGUUGGCAUGGACGUGGUGCUGAUCGAACAGCAGAGAAUGAGAUCUGGCGGGUCUCGUAGUGUUCCCGAGGUAAUAGCACAGAUCAAUGUUUUAGAAGGAAUGCUCCAUGCUCUACUAGCCAACGAUAGAACAUGUUUCACAGAGAGCGUGUCGCCAGCCAAAGUCACUUCAUACUGGGUUGGAGACGAUGCUCAACCAACAGUCAAAAAGCUCAGUCCCUCACAGAGAUACGCCCGAACCAAAAAAGCCAAAGUAGCCGUUGUCGAUAAGUGGCUGGACCACAUAUCAACCACCACUGGUUCCGAUGCCACAGACGUGCCAGUACAGUUCGCCGACAAUGUCAUAUCCGACUUCCACAACCAAGCCACCCGACUCAAAAAGCGCGACGACCUCUGCGACAGCCUCCUACAGGCGGUCGCAUGGACCCACUGGCAAACUAACCGGGCCCUCGUCCACCGCAACCUCCAUUCUAACCUGGAUGUACAUAAUCUACUACGCUGA